AUGGCUGUCAUCCUUUGUUCAUACUGUAUUAGCUCUAUUCGUACUGCGCGGCGAGAUGCCCAGCUCCAGGCUCCGAGGCAGGGUUCCUAUCAACGAGCUACGCCAUUUGAGAGAAAAGACGAGUCAUGGGUUCAACAAGCACUUGAUGAGAGUCGAGCGCAGAAUGGUGGGAAGGGACGACCUUAA